UAAAGAAAUAUCUAAAUUUGUUAAAAAUUUUUAUGAAAGUCGAAGUAAUGAAACUUAUAAAGAUAUGGAAGUUCAGCUUGCCGAAACUUCAAAAUUAUCUACCAGUACAUCCUCUCAGGAAGAUACAGAAUUAAGGACAAACCCACAUUUGAGUCAGUUAUAUUGCUUUAAAACCUUACCACAACCAAAAAACGUCACAGAAGACAAAAUAAGGAAUAAAAUAAUUCCUACUGAAUCAAAUGGUAAACGAAGCCAACGCAAUACGAAGACUAAAUUCAAAAUCAUGCAGUCGUUACUGAAAAUAAAG